AUGGCACAGUCUAUGCAGGGCUACGUCUGGGCGGCCCCGCUGAAACGGAUGCCGGUGCAACCAGCCUGCGCCCCGACCUACGCUCGGGGCUGGCAGCUGGUGCCAGUGCCGGUCAGAGUGACUCGCCGCACGUUUCGUGUGGUGGGAAGCCCAGUGCCGGCGCCCUUCAUGGUGACCCGGCGCACGCUGGGCGUGGUGGUCAAGCCGGCUCGUGUGGUGGUGAGUGCAGCUGCGCCGACGCACCUGCCUCACCUACUCGGAUCGGCUAAGGCUCCGGCCGCAUCGCACCCCGUGAAGGGGCCUCCCAAAGCUGGAGUAGGCGAGCCGGCUGAGACAUCCGAGUGUGAGAGAAUGGUACUCGAGGAACCGGCUGCAUCAAACCCUAUGAAGGCACCGCCGAAAGCUGGAAUACGGGAGCCAGCUGAGACAUGUGACUGUGAGAGAAAGGAAGCGGCGACUCCCGAGGCCUCUGCCCCAGCUUCCGAGAUGGUCCACCCGAAGGGUCGGCCUGUCUCCUAUGGCCCGGCAAGCCCUUUCCUCAAAAUUGAGGAGGGAGCCGAUGACGCCGACACCGACGAGCCAAAGGCCGCUCCGAAACCGGCUCCGAAUCCCGCUCCGGAGCCUGCAGAGCUCACCAAGCCACCACAGGAGGCCCCAGAAGAACUACCAGGCCAGGCUGAGGCCUUGGAAGCGCUCAAGGCGCUGAUGGCGGAGCUCGGCGGAAUGGGCUUCAAGGUCCCCAAGAAGCCGACGGGCGAACCAGAGGUGGCCAAGGCGCCUGGCCACCCAAUGUUUCCAACCUUCCGACAGUUCAGGAAUGGUGCAGUGCAGUACAUCAUCAACGUCAGUUUGGAUGACGGCAGGGACGAGCUGUUCCUCUUCCCGCAGCUCCGCCAGAUGGAGCAGUAG